CCCCACAUCAACACCGCCCUGUUCGAGGCUGACCGACCCUGGAGUCGAAGUGGUCGGAGGCCUUUAUGGCUGUGGAAUGCCGGAAAGUAUGUUAUGUAUAAAGGCAGAUACUUUUCAUAAUAAAUGAAAAUGGCCAAUUCUUUAAGAGGAGAAGUACUGAACCUUUAUAAAAAUCUGCUGUAUCUUGGACGAGACUAUCCAAAAGGAGCAGACUAUUUUAAAAGGCGUCUGAAGAAUGUUUUCCUUAAAAACAAAGAUGUGAAGGACCCAGAGAAGAUCAAAGAACUUAUUGGACGGGGCGAAUUUGUAAUGAAAGAGCUAGAAGCCUUAUACUUCCUUAGGAAAUACAGAGCGAUGAAACAACGCUAUUAUUCAGAUACCAACAAAACUAACUGAUCACGAUUACUAUAAUUUGACUGAAAUUCAGUGUCAGCUAUCUAUGUAUACCAGAUAUGAUAAAAAAUAAUUGUGUCUUAAAAUGGCAAGAUAUACAGGUUUUGUAAAAAAAAAAAUACCUGUGCUGCCUUAUUGAACUAAAAUAGGUUUCAAUUUCUAUUCACAGAGCUUCAUCAAUAACACUUUAUGCUUAAUUUUACACAAAAUUAGCAACAUAGCCAACUACCAAUUAAAAUUUAAUAAAUACCCAAUUUUGAAUGAAAACAUAGUACACUUGAAAUAAUUUUAACUUAGUAAGUUUUUGCCAAUUAUUCUUAGCCUCUUUCUCCAUUUUACUGACAAGAAAAUGCCACUUAAUGCACAUUUAACUAAGCAAAAUAAUUUCUUAUACAUUAAUUCCCUUAACUUUUGAAGGAAUACCAGCUUAUUUUUGGCCCUAUUUGGCACUUGACAGCACACAUUCAAGGUUCGAUACAAAACAAUAGCACCUGGCAAUGAUUUAAGUGUAGUUAUAGAAAUAAUAUGUAUGGAGUAAGAUUAUUUCUGAUCUUGAAGUAGGCUGCCAGUGAUUGGCACUACAUACAUACCUAUUUAAUAUCUUCCAUUAUUAAUUUUGCUGCUGGUUCUCUUUGGGUCUUAAAACAAGUCACCUGUUGUGUAUCAAGUACCUUUACUGAUAAAAAGUAAUAAAUAAUGUUAUUCUAUUGUUUCAUCAUAAAGGUAGAUCUGUUUUGCAUCUACUUCUAAAUGAAUUAACAUGAUAAUGGACCUAAAUCUAGAACGGUUUUAAGUAAACACUUAAACCUUUACAUAAUGUUCACAACACCUUUCACAAAUAAAGACUAUACUUAACUGA